CAAAAAUUUGAAGGGGUUGAGAAAUUGAGUCUAAAGGGUAUAUUCGGCAUUUGAGUUGAAUUAGCUCUGGCAGGAGCGUUUAUGGGUUUGGCAAUAACACUAACACCCGCAAUUUGAAAAUCAAAGAGGGAAAUUCGCGAAAAGAAGAAAAAUGGAUUACAGUCUGGCAGCACUGAAGCUGCUCUGCGUGCAACUGAAGAGCGCCGUCCAAACGCCGUCGCAGAACUCUUUCACUCUCGGCGGCAUUCUCUUCCAACGCGCUUGGUUACAGGGCAUUCUCGUCUCUGCACCUUGCUCCACCGAUAGUGGUGGGAAUGGACAAUUCCUCCUUGACGAUGGAACCGGCGUAAUUGAGCUAAUACUCUCCGGAGACUUUCGCAGCCGCCGUUGGGAAGCAGGGAUGUACGUGAUGGUGGUUGGAGGGUAUUUUGACCGUGCAGGUGAUCUCCCAAUGAUUAAGGUUCACAAAAUGGUUGAUCUUUCCUCAUUUCCAGAUAGGGAGUCCAUGUGGUAUCUUGAAGUAAUCGAGACCUUCAAACUUUUUUACCAACCUCUAUUUGAGGAAUAAUGCAGGGGAGAGAGAAAGAGGUAGGACAAUACUACUGAUUCAUUGACCUGCUGUUGUGGCUGUCAGAUGCAUGCGGCUAUAGGUACUAUCAUAAUUUCAUUAUGUGUCGCACUUGAUUCCCUAUUGAUAUUGCACUCCUCAAUUAGGGUGAGCACAUGAUAAUAUCUCCACAGUUGAAUAUUUUUCAAGUGUUCUGUUGGUCUUUGUGGUGUCUUCUACUACGUGUUGGGCGUAUUCAAGAGUUUCUUUUAUGCAUCAUAUUUACUCUCAGUUAGGCCUCAAAGCUCUUGUAGGCUGAAUAGAAUUCAGUUGAUAGAAUGAAUACUAAUCAACAAGUAUGUACUAUAGAUCAAUCAUCUUGAUGUUUUGGCAGACUUAGUACGUUCAUAUACUCGUCCGAGUCUGGAAGACAGAACUAUCAGUUGCCAUUGGCUAAGCAACAAGAGAUGCUAUAUUAUGCCAAUUCGAAUUCAGUUUAAUCUUCUCCUACCAACUCUGAGAUUUUGACAGCUAGUUC